AUGACAACCCCGAUGGAGAACGAUCCAGUUCCAGCGUACACAGCGACUGAUGAUUCCGGGCUGUUUGCCCGGAUUGAAAACCUCAAAGAGUCCAACUCUCCAAUAAUCGCCAAGCUCAGUUUUCCGAUCACGCAACAUCCCGAACGGCCACAGCUGUAUCGGGGCAAUGAGCAACUGCUCCCCGAGGACGAGUAUAAUGUCCUCUCAGACGCAUGGUUUCUGUGCGACAACAUCAUCAGGUCCCUCUUUUACGCAAUCACAACAAAGCACGAUGAACUCGUGUCGGAAUUCGUGUCGCGGGGCCUGGUGUCGCCCGAUGUGGUCUCGGAAAAGGGCGAGACACCCCUCUUGGCGGCCGUGAACGUUGGCGACGUCAACAUGGUCCGGACGUUGGUCGUUCUCGGUGCCACAGUCGAUGGCUUUGGUAGAUCUUCCGUAUACAAGUACCGCGACGGAGACCUCACACCGCUGCAGCUGGCUGCGGCGACAGGCAGGCUGGCCCUUGUGCGAUUUCUGAUGGAGGAUUGUGGCGCCGACGACGCGAUUAUCUCACCGGACGGCGCGCUCGCGCUUCGUCUGGCCGCGGCUAAUGGCCAUCGUGAGGUCGUAGAGUACCUUCCCACACGGCGAGGUGGUGCUUGGCUGCGAUGGAAGACAGCACAUCGGCGCCACAUGGCCACCGCCCUGCGUGCUGCGAAACGUAUAGGCCGCUUUGUGGCCAUUAUCGUGUGGUACAUUCCGAAGUGGAUGGUCUACGAGAUGCCGAAAGAGGCGUGCAAGGAUAUGUGGAGGAAGCGUCAUAGGUUCUGGGGCUGGUGCAAGCGCACCGUCCGCGAGCUGCCGGCAAAGCUCAAGAAAGUGGGCAAAGACAUGUGGGAAGGCGCAAAAAAGGCGCCAGUCGAGAUUUGGAGGGCGGCAAAGGCAUCUACGCUUUGGCUCUUCAGAUUGAUCACAGCUAUCCCGGGGGCUCUUAAGAUUGCUCUCAAAUGGAUUGGAUCAGGUUUGAAGAAGGCGUGGGAUGCGGUCGCGCACAUCAUCCUACGCGUGUUAUCAUUCCUUCAUACACUAGGAGUCGCCGUCGUCUCCUUCUUCCACGACCUCACGUGGCAGGAUGUUGUGAACGGUUUUAAGAGCGUGCUUCGCGCCAUCUUUGUUGGCCUUCCUAAAGCCAUCUGGAGUUUCAUCGCUGAUUUUGGCAAGAUGUCAUAUGAGAUGUUGAAAACACUAUUUGGAGCACUCGGGCAAUUGUUAUGGUAUAUUGGGCUCGGACUAUUGUGGCUUGUUUGCUAUAUUCCGAAGAAGCUAUGGCAGAUAUUGGUCUCGCUGGUGGGCUCGAUGAGCUCCGGUGUACGAGAAAUAAUGGUUUGGUUUGAUCCUAAGAGGAUGUAA